CGCAGUCGCGUUGGUAAUUCGUUGGAUUUUGGAGCAUGUAUACUUUUAAAUGGUUGAUGUGCUUCAGUUUGUUUUGGAUAACACUCACGGGCACUGAGGCAGAACUUUCUUCGGAUCCCUUGAUUGUUGAGAUUCCGAACGGAAAACUCCGAGGAAAGGAUAUUGGCCACUACUUCAGCUACGAAUCGAUUCCCUAUGCCGAACCCCCGAUUGGUGAACAUCGAUUUGAAGCUCCUCAACCAUAUAGUCAUCGAUUUGAGGGUAUUUUCAAUGCCACAAAGCCACCAGUAGCCUGCUUACAAUGGAACCAGUUCGGAGCCAAAAAACUGCAGGGAGAGGAGGAUUGCCUGACCAUAAGCAUCUACAAACCGAAAAGCAAAACUCGGAGCAGCUUUCCCGUCGUGGUUCUCCUUCAUGGAGGUUGCUUCAUGUUCGGUGGAGCAGCUUUAAAUGGACACAAGUUCAUAAUGCAGGAGGGAAAUUUGAUAUUGGUAAAAAUAAGUUAUCGUGUUGGACCUUUGGGAUUCGCAAGCACUGGAGAUAAGGAUUUGCCAGGGAACUACGGCCUAAAAGAUCAACGACUGGCUCUUCAAUGGAUCAAGCAGAACAUCGCUAAUUUUGGUGGAAUGUCAGAUAAUAUUGUAGUUCUUGGUCAUUCAGCAGGCGGUGCCUCAGCUCAUUUGCAGCUCCUGCAUGAGGAUUUCAGCCAGUUGGCCAGGGCUGCGAUUUCAGUGAGCGGAAAUGCCCUUGAUCCUUGGAUUUUCAAUCAGGGUCACCGCGGACGAGCCUUUGAACUAGGUCGCAUUGUGGGUUGUGAACAACCGAAGGAUUCUGCGGAACUAAAGAACUGCUUAAAGUCCAAACCAGCUAGUGAAAUAGUCUCCGCAGUACAGAGCUUCUUGAUAUUUUCGUAUGUGCCCUUUUCGCCUUUUGGACCUGUUGUGGAGCCAGAAGAUGCUCCAGAUGCCUUCCUUACUCAAGAUCCCGUCGAGGUAAUCAAAAGUGGGAAGUUUGCACAAGUUCCUUGGGCUGUAACAUACACCACUGAAGAUGGUGGCUAUAAUGCUGCUCUCCUUUUGGAAAAGAACAAAACAACCGGUGAAACCUGGAUAGAAACACUCAACGAUCGAUGGUUUGACUGGGCUCCUUACUUGCUUUUCCAUCGGGACCCAAAGAAGACCAUCGAGGACAUGGAUGAAAUUUCGAGGAACCUCAGACAGCAAUAUUUGGGAGAUAGACGAUUCAGCGUGGAAAGCUAUUGGGAUGUGCAGAGGAUGUUCACAGAUAUUUUAUUCAAAAAUAGCGUUCCAAGUGCAAUAGAUCUUCAUAGGAAACAUGGCAAGAGUCCUGUCUACUCCUUUGUCUACGAUAAUCCUGCUGUUACUGGAGUAGCUCAGGUGCUUGCAAAGCGCUCUGAUGUAUUUUUUGGAACGGUUCAUGGCGAUGACUUUUUUCUCAUCUUUGAAUUUGCUCCACUAGGAAGAAGAAUCCGUCCUGAUGAGAAAGUUAUAUCACGAAAGUUAAUCAAAAUGCUGGAGGAUUUCGCACUUAGCGAUAAGGGAGCUCUGACAUUUGGGGACUGCGUUUUCCAAAAUAAUGUCAACAGCAAGGAAUACCAAGUACUACGAAUUACAGAAAACGGAUGUAAGAACGAGCAAUUUGAUCAGUUUCCCUAG